CAAACAAAGCAUUGUCUUGUCUUGUCUUGUCUCUACUGUUAGAGUCUAGUAAAAUUGCUCUCAUGAAAAGGUAAAAAAGAUGACUAUUACACGUUCGUUCGGAUUUAUAUUUCAUUCUCUCGAGAAUGUGAGUUCGGUGCUCAAUUGUGAACAAAAUUCAUCUCGCCACUGUGUAAAAAUAUCUUUAUAAAUCGAGCAAAAAAUUUAGGUUUAAUUGACAAAUAAUCUUUCUAAGACCAAAUUUUAUGGUUAAUAGACAUUAUGCUCUGUUCUCGAACCGGCCACCAGAGAAGUGCCAGGUGUUGAGCUAGUUGUCGUAUUAACGCGUAGUUAGUGUCAGUCAUUCAACUGGUAAUAGCCUUUAAAUUGCUCAUUUUUAUUGAUGUUGGCAGUUACAAAAACGACUUCUCAAACCGGUACUACUUCUCAACUGAGUGGGCAAAUGAAAUGGCGAUUCUUCUUCCAUUUCCUCGUUUGAAUUUGCCAACACUUUUCAAGGUUAGUUAUCAGAAUUUAUCACCUAAUUUGUUUCGUUUUUUGAUGAUAAUGUUUGUUUUCACAGAAUUGGCAGUGAAAAAACAGGGGCACCCAAGGUCAAUUUUUCGGAAAAUAUCUGUUCGGAAGACGAAAUUUCUUGCUUGCCUGCCUCUCCUAGGAUUUUCGAACAUCUACAAAAUGGUAUAAUUGCCCAUUUUUAACGGAUUUUUACCCUAAAAAGGUCACCUAGAAUUUUCGGGAGCCUUUUUUCUGGCUGAAAUUUUCGAAAAGGUUAGUUUUGAUCCCUACAAUUUUCGGAUCACUAGACUUUCAGGUAGGAAAUCCGAACAGAUGCCUGAAACAAUUUUAGGGGAUAAAAAUAUGCCUAUAUAUCUACCGUUUAAAUACUAAAAUACGUUUAACAAUGCUAUAUAUGUUUAAGGUCUUUAAGUGGUUUUGAACUAUAUUCUCGUUAGGUGCCCCUGAAAUAAUGAGUGAUAGAGGGAAACUGAUUACUCAAAACAAGCUUUUCAAUCUUUUGUCUCUCACCAUCGUCCGCGGACAUGCAGUGGUUAGUUAAGGUGGCACUAUUUGUGUGGCUCUUCCCGUUUAUCCAUAUCCCUAAAGAUACAAAACUGCUGUCGAGUGUUUCUUUUUUAGAGACACUGCGGUAUUAUUACAAAAUCAUGUGUGUUGACAAACAAUUGGAGGGAAGUAAUCCAUCUCCCUCUGAAAAAUUUACAUCACUUCACGAUACGUCAAUUAGCGCACCGAGGAUUAAUAAGUCCAUUUGUGUCACUGACGUUCGAAAAAAUACGUUUUAAGACGGUGAAAACAGGAGAUAACAAGGUGUAAUUUAUUUUCCAGUGAUUUAUGUAAAAUAAUAAUAUAUUCGUACGAACGAAACACGGCGUAACCGCAGGUUGAUCUCAUUCUUAUAACGCCACGUAAUACAGUGUUCUAGGUCUGGUUCAUGACCCGAUAAAAACAGGUGAAAUGUUUGUCAUAUUUGUGCGAUGUCAAGACCAAUUACUAUUUCCCAGUGCUAAGAAGCUGGCUUUUUUCCAGUAUUGCUGGUCUACCCGGUCUAUCCGCAACGGAAAUGUCGAUUUUGGCCAAAACCCUCUCAGUUACAGACUAUAGAAUCAGGGCACCCAACAACCGAAUGUUUCCAAAUAAAAUCGUCGAGAAAUAGGUCACUGUAAUCUCAAAUGGUUUUCUCUAUGAUUUAGAGGCCUAUUCGGUUAAUUUAGAGCUGCCUUAGCAUUAUCUGUUGGGAUGUCUUAGGGGAAAUUUCAUCGCCUCGAAAGUGAAGGAGGCUUAACUUGUUCGUCCCCUGAUCAUAAACUGUUACCUACCCUGAUGGGUCUGGUCGAAAGUUCGAAGACACAAGUAGGCGAACUUAAAUUAAAAGAUUAUAGCUUUCUAUAAAUCGAGCAACAAUUUAGGUUUAAUUGACGAAUAAUCCUUUUUAAGACCAAAUUUUAUGGUUAAUAGACAUUAUGCUCUGUUCUCGAACCGGCCACCAGUGAAGUGCCAGGUGUUGAGCUAGUUGUCGUAUUAACGCGUAGUUAGUGUCAGUCGUUCAACUGGUAAUAGCCUUUAAAUUGCUAAUUUUUAUUGAUGUUGGCAGUUACAAAAACGACUUCUCAAACCGCUACUACUUCUCAACUGAGUGGGCAAAUGAAAUGGCGAUUCUUCUUCCAUUUCCUCGUUUGAAUCUGCCAACACUUUUCAAGGUUAGUUAUCAGAAUCUAUCACCUAAUUUGUUUCGUUUUUUGAUGAUAAUGUUUGUUAAUGUUUUUACUGAAUUGGCAGUAAAAAAACAGGGGCACCCAAGGUCAAUUUUUCGGAAAAUAUCUGUUCGGAAGACGAAAUUUCUUGCUUGCCUGCCUCUCCUAGGAUUUUCGAACAUCUACAAAAUGGUAUAAUUGCCCAUUUUUAACGGAUUUUUACCCUAAAAAGGUCACCUAGAAUUUUCGGAAGCCUUUUUUCUGGCUAAAAUUUUCGAAAAGGUUAGUUUUGAUCCCUACAAUUUUCGGAUCACUAGACUUUCAGGUAGGAAAUCCGAACAGAUGCCCGAAACAAUUUUAGGGGAUAAAAAUAUGCCUACAUAUCUACCGUUUAAAUACUAAAAUACGUUUAACAAUGCUAUAUAUGUUUAAGGUCUUUAAGUGGUUUUGAACUAUAUUCUCGUUCCUCCCCCUGAAAUAAUGAGUGAUAGAGGGAAACUGAUUUCUCAAAACAAGCCUUUCAAUCUUUUGUCUCUCACCAUCGUCCGCGGACAUGCAGUGGUUAGUUAAGGUGGCACUAUUUGUGUGGCUCUUCCCGUUUAUCCAUAUCCUUAAAGAUACAAAACUGCUGUCGAGUGUUUCUUUUUUAGAGACACUGCGGUAUUAUUACAAAAUCAUGAGUUGACAAACAAUUGGACGGAAGUAAUCCAUCUCCCUCUGAAAAAUUUACAUCACUGCACGAUACGUCAAUUAGCCCACCGAGGAUUAAUCAGUCCAUUUGUGUCACUGACGUUCGAAAAAUUUACGUUUUAAGACGGUGAAAACAGGAGAUAACAAGGUGUAUUUUAUUUUCCAGUGAUUUAUGUAAAAUAAUAAUAUAUUCGUACGAACGAAACACGGCGUAACGGCAGGUUGAUCUCAUUCUUAUAACGCCACGUAAUACAGUGUUCUAGGUCUGGUUCAUGACCCGAUAAAAACAGGUGAAAUGUUUGUCAUAUUUGUGUGAUGACAAGACCAAUUACUAUUUCCCAGUGCUAAGAAGCUGGCUUUUUUCCAGUAGUGCUGGUCUACCCGGUCUAUCCGCAACGGAAAUGUCGAUUUUGGCCAAAACCCUCUCAGUUGCAGACUAGAAUCAGGGCACCCAACGACCGAAUGUUUAAAAAAUAAAAUCGUCGAGAAAUAGGUCACUGUAAUAAUAAUCUCAAAUGUUUUGCUCUAUGAUUUAGAGGCCUGUUCGGUUAAUUUAGAGCUGCCUUAGCAUUAUCUGUUGGGAUGUCUUAGGGAAAUUUCGUCGCCUCGAAAGUGAAGGAGGCUUAACUUGUUCGUCCCCUGAUCAUAAACUGUUACCUACCCUGAUGGGUCUGGUCGAAAGUUCGAAGACAUGAAGUAGGCGAACUUAAAUUAAAAGACUAUAGCUUUCACAUUUCACUACUCAUGCAGGUUAAGCAAAGGAAACCAAGAGCCAUAAUAGGACCACUAUGGCUCUCGAGGAAACCUAGAAUUUCCAGAUUCAAAAAUGUAUGGAGAGAGGAAUCAGAAAAGUUGUCACGUCAGAAAGCUUUAAAUUGCAUCUAAAAUUUUCGGUAAAACAAUACUGAAGCUCUUGUAAUUUAUGAAAGGUUCAAGUUGCUCUAAGAUGACCGAACAGAUACAAAUCUUUUAGCAUCGCUUAGAAUACAUUUUCAGAAAUCUAAAAGUACCCUGGAAUGUAUUUAGGACGAAAGCGUCACAGGGUGCCCCUGAUUAGCCUAAUAGAGCUUUGAAAAACCUGUCCUAACCACUAAUUUCGCUGAUCUUAUGAAAACAGGGGCGUAGCGUGCUUACUUGAGAAAUUUGUAGCAUUUUUCUGAAAGAUUUCUGUUUUAAGGGCCUGUUUACAUGGAGGUGGGGACCCCAGGUAGGUGAGGUAACCUGCUUUGGUGGGUAACCCACCUGUCUACAUAAUCUCUCAUUUUAAUUUAAUCACGUUUACAUGAUAGGUGGGGUAACCCGCCACAUGUUACCUCACCUAUAUGGGGUCCCCCACCUCCAUGUAAACAGGCCCUAAGUAAAAGCCAUUUUUUGUAGUGUCGUGACUUGACUUUGUAUUGAGCAGAUUUGUGAUUUGUGGGAAUGUGAUAAAUCGAAACAUUCUUGAAAUGGUUGCGUUCAGGCGAUCCCACAAUACAUUGCAUAUUCGUGAAAAUCGGAAAAGAAUCGACCGUGACUGAUUAUCAUUCCUUUUAAAAUUAAUCUGGAAAGUUUUCCCAUUCAGAAACUUUUCAUUUGUUAGUUUUCUAUCUCUCUUUCCAUAUUGGAGAUUCGAAAAGACUACUUUAAUGUCGCUCAACUGGAAAAUCAUGGACCAAACCAUGCCGACAAUAUUCAACGUAAGCCGAAUUAAGCAAACUGUUAGGUACACCUGUAGCGCGUAUCAACAAGAAUUUUGCAGAAAAUGUACUCCUUGCGAACAAAUGUAUUUUUUCGAUGACAAACUUUAGACAUAUUCAGAACAAUUGACAAUAUUAAUAAAUGUUGAAUAUCAAUUGUUUGUUCCUUUUCAGUGCUCUGAUGAUGAUCGAAAUAAGAGAAAAACUCAAAAAAACUCAACAAAGGACUUAACGGAUGCGUAAAAUUUGCACAAACAUGCACAAGCCGCAAUUCUUCCAAACGAUGCUUUUAAACUCCAAAUUUCUGCGCAAAAAAAGGCGCCUCGCCUUGUGCUGGUAAACAUUCUUGUACCAGCUCAAAGAAGAACGUUUUAAAAGCUUUUUUUGAUCGCACGUUCUAUAAAAAAACAAGCCUGUAAACUGCCUAUGAUGUAUUAAAGGAAAGCAAAAAUGUUAUUAAGUGUGGAGGUUUUAAAACCAUACUUUGAUUUACUGAACCAUUUUGUGUUGAUGUAGGUGACAGUGUCCAUUGUUCUGCUGAUGCCAUUGGUAUCUGCUUCAGUUGCUGGGCCAUCAGCUGCUGGAGUCGGCGCAGAUUUUGCCAGCGCCAAGAAGCUCAUUGACAGCCUGAAACCGAAUCUAAACUACGCCCAAAUCUGCAGCGAAGGGAAGCUAAUGGCGGGGCAGAUGAAAAGCGUCUGUCAUCUGAAACAAGUGCCAAGCGUGGCCUUCUUGUUCUGCCACUUCCAAGACCUCUGUGAAUUUAACAUUCAAAUGGAGAUUGAUAACAUCCAGAAGCUUAUUGCUGGGGGCGUUAGAACGGUGGAGAUUGAUAACCAAUUGAUCAAGGGCGUCAAGUGUGGAAAGACGGCCGACCUUACCUGUACUGGUUUCUUGGAGGGAUGGGUUGGCGGAGGUUGGUUGGUGCGUCUGGACACUCUAUUCUUCAACGGUCCCGUUGCUGUCAACAACUUUAUCCAAAAUACCAUCCGGAAAAACAUCCUAACUUCCCAAGGUCUGAAGGCGACGGCCAACGAUCUGAUGAAGAUCAAAGUUUACAUGCUUGCAGGGAAACAUAACUUGAUUUGUGAUCUACAGGGCUUUUUCUUGACAGCUGGAGGUUUCCUGGUCAGCGAUCCUGGUGACAUUAAAACGCAAAUGGGCCUGGAACAGAGCUGUCCCGCCUAUAGUCCUGGAACCAACUUGCCAACCACAAAACAAGUUCUCGAUGGAUUGGAUCUGUUCAUUCAAGAUUUGUCGAAGGGAUGAGUGAAAAAAAUGCAGACGACAAUCUUAAUUUUAAUCUGAAUUUAACUUCAAUUUACCUGGCCUAUUCUCCUGGAGCCUUUCUUUAAUUUGUGCAAGGAAUAAAAUGAAAAUGUCACGUGGAU